AUCCUGCUUGGGGUUUUCUAGUGAUUUAAAUGAGUAAAAUUAGGAUGAGGCCAGAGUCAUUAUGUCCCAAAAUUAACUGCUAAUACCACAAACAUGCAUGAAUUUGUAUUUGAUGUUGCUCUGUGGGGUUUCACAUGUUAAGGCAGCAGAAAUUAUGUAUGCACUGGUUUAUUUUUAGACCAAGUGAACUGAAAAAUUGAAUUGAGAUGUCGAUGGAAGAUGUAUCAUCUUGCACCACACAAUGCACUCAUAGCAUUAUUGCUGCCUGUAUUUGUCUGUUCUCUGCAAACUAUGCCCCCCUCCCAAAAAAAAAAUAGUACAAAAGAUAAUAGAAAUAAAAUGCCACUUACUCUUGGAUACUAUAGGUCUACAGCUCUGGUUACAGCAGGGGGAGCUGAACUCCACCAGGUUGCAGUCUCAUUGGAUGGCAAAGAUGUGGGCGGAUUUGCGCUGACGUUGCCCAUACUCGGGAUUAACUUGUUUUUAUGUCGCCAUAUCUAUCACAUGUUGUUCAGGAUGCCCCGAUCACCUGCAGAUCGUUGAUAAAGAGUGUUUGUUAGCUUUCUACAAGUCUGAAAUUAGUCUGUGUGUUGUGCAUGUGACUGCGGACUGGGCUGCCGUGAGGGCGCGCGGUGCAAUGUGAGCGGCUGGAUGAGGAGCAGACGUCGCACUGAGGUUAGUGUCGAUGUCCUGUCACACUGAUGGGGGCCGACGGCAGUAAAAACAGGAAGAGGCCCACCGAAGGGCAGGAGGAUGAGCACUUCCCAUCUGGAUGGCGUGGCUUCCUCUCGAGCAUGGGUCUGUCUAUCCCAGCAGGCCUCUGUCGCUUGGCCCCAACUGCCCUGCGUCUGGGCCAGCGUCGAAUGCUCCAAGGCAAGUCCCCUGACAUCCCAGAACACGUCCUGAGGUUGGCAGGAGUUGGACCAGACAAGCUAAGAGCAGAAUGGAGUCUGCCAGGGUUUAUUAUCAUGUUCCUGCCCGAAUUUCCCCACAGAACUGUGCCUGGGCAUGAGCACUUUCAGGUGUUGGGUUACAUCGCCAAAGGUUCCUUUGGACCCAUUCUGAAGGUGAAGGACAAGGCCAAACAGAAAACAUAUGCUGUCAAAGUUAUACCUAAAUCAGAGAUUCUGAGGCUCGGGGUCUUGGAGCAGUCGAAAGAAGAAGUUAUUGUCCAGCGUCAGGUACGUCACCCUUUUGUCCAUGACCUCGAGGACUGCUGGCAGACACAGCGCCACCUCUACAUUAUGUGCGACUACUGCAGCACAGGAGACCUGUACACCUACUGGCAGAUGAUCGGUCAGUUCACAGAGGACACCAUACGAGUGUUUGCAGCGGAGUUGGGAUGUGCGCUCGGCUUUCUGCAUGACUUUGGAAUCAUCCAUAGAGAUGUGAAGAUGGAGAAUAUCCUGCUGACAGACAACGGACACCUCCGCUUAGCUGACUUUGGUUUGUCCCGUCGCCUGGAGAGAGGAGGACGAGCCUUUACUAUCUGUGGAACAAUCCAAUAUAUGGCCCCAGAGGUGCUGAGUGGGGGACCCUAUAACCACGCAGCUGAUUGGUGGUCACUGGGAAUUCUGCUUUUCUCAUUGGUUACUGGGAAGUUCCCUGUGCCUCCAGAACCAGACCACUGCUGCAUGCUGAGGAAAGUGAGGGGGUUUCCCUACGAAAUGCCCCUUAGCUUCAGCCCCCCAUUUGCCUUGCUAAUAACUGAGCUUUUAUGCAAGACUCCCUCCCGCCGCCUGCGGACCCUCGAUCGUUUCAAACGCCAAACCUUCUUCUAUGGAACAACUUUUGACCUCACUCUGCUGCAGCGUCAGCCUGUGGAGGUGAUUCUGGAGCUGAGAGAGAGACCGGACCGAGCCGCCAAAGCUCGACGAGGACUCACUUUGUCUCUGCAGCCUCUAAAAGGCUUCGACUAUGACUCACUGCUCAGCCCUCCGGCCACGCCAGACACACAGUUGGAUGUCGACACACAAACACACACAGUUGCACCGCUGCCAGGCCCGGCGCACCUACUGCAGCCUGCUCAGGAAAAAGGUCCACGCAGAGAAGUGUUUGUGUGACGGACUUUGAGUUUACAGUAUGAUUACUAACACGCUAAAGGUAAAGGCCUAAAUAAAUGUACUUCUCACACUUAUUCACCCUUACACACAGGUGUGGUGCGCCUUGUAAAACGUCUUAUUUAGAAAAAGCCAAAAUAGCUGAUUAUGAUUUUAUUGGAUCUAUAGUUUAGAAGGGAAUUAUUUAGUUGAGUAAAAAACACCACUUCUCCACUUAUUGGCAAGUUUUAUCUUUCUUUUUUUGUGAUGUGCUGAGCGCUAUUUUUUUCUUAUUUUUACUUGUUUGCCUUGCUCCAAUGAGCACCUUUUCAAGCCUACUGUAUUUGCUCAACAGUUGUGCAAGAAAGAUUUCACUAUUGUCCAUCUACUACAGUUUUCCAGUGACUGGUCAUGGUUGCCCUGUUAGUACAUAAUGUACGACUGCUAUCAAACUCACACCACAUGGAAAAGUCAUGCUGGUUGAAGACAAUGCACCAAAUUCCUUUUUUUUCUCAAGAAGUUGUAUGUAGUUAAGUAGACAUCCAACCAAAACCACAAAGUGAGUGUAUUUUUGAGCUUCUGCCUUUGUUUUCAUGUUACAUGAUUAUGAAAACCAUGCAACAAAGUAGACAGAAGAAACUAAUUUCCUCAUGCUGUUGAAGCAGGCAAUAAGAUUAUGCUAUGAUCUUUAUUUAAAAAUACAUUCUCUACCUUUUUUCAUGCUCUGAUACGACCUUUCCCAAACUGCCUAAAUUCUGCUGCAGCAGAAACACCUCUCCUCCUGCACUAUGUAAAAAUCAUGCAAGCAUCACAACAUCAGAUCAAGAUGUGUACACCUUCAACGUCUACUUUAUCAUUUAUAACCUGCGACUCAGGGGGAGCAAUCACUGGUUUUCCCAAGUCAGCCUUGAUUUUGAUUCCAGGACAGCUGUACAGGUGUGAGCUGGGACUGUGAGGGUUGAUUGAACAACAGUGUUGUUUAUCCCCAGUUAACAUUUUGAUAGAUACAGGGCUUUUUCUAUUGUCCAAGGCUGCCGUAACCCUAGCCAGUAAUCACACCUUCAAGCACUUUCCUGAUCAUCAGAUUAUAUUAUGAUUUUGUAAAGCCCUGAUGUGUACCCAGAAUGCCUCACACAUGUGAUCCUGAGCUUGCUUUUUUUUGUCAGAAAAAUAUUUAUAAAUUCCUCUUUACAAAGUUUAUAUGAAUAUUUUGAAUGCUAUUUGAUGUUAUAUGUUAUGUUAUGAUGUAUUUUUGUAAUUUACAUGUAGCACAGAUGGAAUAUUAAACUCUUACAGUGA